CCCAAAUGGUGGACCAGUUCUGUGUCCGUGUUGCCACGGCGGCCGAAAACGGCGGGAAUUCAACACCUCUCUAUUGCGGCCAUACUCCCUACUAGCUACUCGCCCUUUUAAUAUUAAACCGGCCCAAGCCGUCUUUGAAAAGCCUGUUCUCUUUCUAUCUUAUACAGUGAAUAUGUGAAGCCAAUAUGGGUCGCCCCGAAAAAUUGAUUGACGAGGAGUCGCACGUUGCGCCGGUUUCACGGUGUCGACCGUGGGUCCCUUUAUUGAUAUGGUGCGGGUUCGGUUAUUUCUGCAUGGCUCUGGUCUUCGCUGUCGCUUGCUAUGCGAAGCCAUCUCUUCUCCAACUUGGGCUUCUCCCCGUCUUUGUUCAAACGGGGGUGCCGGCUCCCUUCUACGCAUACUCCAGGGGUUCCGGUCAGUUCGCCAAACCCGCGAAUAUCAAGACGGUUGCUUUGGUGCCGUUUCGCGAUCAUAAGAGGACGGAGAUACUAGAUUGUUACCUACAGAGAAACCUCGUAAAGAAUCACGGGUUCCUGGAUGAAGUGGCCUUCAUCCCACUUACAAACGACACAACCAGCCUGGAAUGGCUGGCUUCGACGGUCGAGAAAACACCGCAAUACUCCCUAACAUCAUCAGCAGAGGCCAAUUCUAAGGCCUCGCUAUACAUAUGGAUCGAUGGCGACACCGUUUUCUUCGAAGACCACACGAUCCCCACAAUUGUCAAAACAAAGCUCGAUCAUCCGGAUUCCCUAGUGGUUUCAGCAAACGUUGUCAACCAAGCAGCGCUCAAAUCCCUGCACAGUCACGCCGGCGUGGCGCUAUCUUACCUUCCAGAGCUAUCUUCCACAUCACCGCCCAGUCCAUUCAGAACCCAGAUAGGCCAAGAAUGGCGCGCAUCGCAGCUCCCGCCGUGGGAAGGCCCCAACGACUUCAAGGUCCAAAUGGGGUUUGUCGCGCCGUCCCAGAACCACCGCUGGCUCCGUUCGGGCGAUUACGACGGCGACCGGACACCAAUUGGCAUGUCGAUGUACAGCGACGAGGGGCCUGGGCUGGACCACUGGACGGUCAGCGCCCAGCAGCAUUAUUCUUUUCUUCACCACUUGGAGCUGGGUGGUCUGCACCAUUACAAGUUCCCCGUGUGGAAUAACCCCAAUGGAGCAGUGAGCCGGAACUUUCUGUGUUUUGAGGGUGGGGAUGCUAGUGUCGUUCAGUCUCUCAUUGAGCAUGGCGAAAUGGACGAGCUGUCAUCGAAAACAUGGGAAGACCACAAUUAUAGCCAUGUAAUGAUUGAUGGGAAGGGGUUGGCUGCGCAUUACUCCGCUGGAUAUCUCGAAGGGCUUGAUUCUACUGAUGUACUGGAACGGUAUCGGGCCUAUGCUCAGGAGAUGGUAUGCCCAGGGCUACUGGAUCCCGAAAGUAUUGGGGACUAGGUCUGGAUACAAGAGGAUCUGUACUGUGUCUUUUUUUUUGUUGAAUCUCUUUGUCACGGAUGUAU